ACCAAUACACUUCCGGAUCCGUUUCCCAGGUGAGUUGCCUGCCUCUGACUUUCCAACCGUACCCGGAUUUUCCGUUCUACAAGGUCAUUUCAACUGUCAAUGAAUAAAGCUCACAAUAGAUUCAGAGAUGGCAGAAGAUAGCCAACUUCUCUGUAGGAAGGAUAGAUAUGGCGGGGUGAUUGUUGAAACCAUAAAGCAAGAGUGCAGUGCAGAAGAAUUCAAAAACAAGUUAGAAGCUGACUUGAUGAAAUGGCAGGAGAAUGGAGUCCGAGGUGUCUGGAUAAAGAUUAGUCUGAAGGAUGCUGAAAUUGUCCCUAUUGCUGCUCAGAAUGGGUUUGAAUUCCACCAUGCCCACAAAGAUUAUGUCAUGAUGAUCAGGUGGCUGCCUACAGACGAACCUAACAUGAUCCCAGGGUAUGCAGCACACUAUGUCGGUGUUGCAGGAUUUGUGGUGAACGAUCAGAAUGAGGUUCUUGUGAUCCAGGAGAAGUAUACCCACUCCAUGCAGGCCCAUUGGAAACUGCCAGGUGGCCUCGCUGAACCAGGAGAGGACCUUGCAGAUACAGCCAGAAGAGAGGUCCUGGAGGAGACAGGAGUUGACGCAGAGUUCCUGUCUCUUCUCUGUUUUCGACACCAGCAUAAUUUCUCCUUCGGCUGCUCUGACAUGUACUUUGUCUGCCACAUGAAGCCCAAGAAUGUAGACAUCACUAUAUGUGAGCAGGAAGUAUCAAAGUGUCAGUGGAUGCCAUUUGAGGAAUACUUGAGUCAUCCCUCCUUGACUGAAACUAACCGCUUCAUCGCACAGACAUUCAAGUCUACAGUUCUGCAGGGGUCCUCCAGGAUAGCAACCACAGAUGUACCAUCAAUUAGAACAGGAAAAAGUUACUUAUUGUACAGUAUUCAUAAUUGUCCAUAAUAGAUUAUUUGUUAUUUGGCAUCAUGUGCCUGGUGUCCCUAUUUGCAUUUCAGUAAAAUCAUCGCUCAAGCUUUUUCAGACAUUUAGAGAUCUUCUGAUAUGAUAAGAAAGACUUUCAUGUUUGUAUAAAUGUAAAUGUCUACAGCUCAAAGAAUGGAAUAUGAGAAAAGUACUUGAAAAGUUGCAGAUAAAACUGAAAAAUGCCGUUUGUAUGUAACCUAUGAUCCACUGAAGUGCAAAUAGGGAAACCAACAUGGCAGUCUGUGCUUGUUUGCUUCAUUCAUAUAGAAAAAAUGAAAACGUCCUAGUAGACAUGAUGUCAUUGUGAGAACAUUGUCUGGGAAGUAUUGAGAACUGAUAUUGCCUUGUUUAUUUGGUUCACAUUUUUUAAACCUAUUUGUUUUACUGGUACCGAAAGAGAGUCUUUGAUAAAAUUUGUACUCAGGGAAGACAAAUCCCACUAUUAAAGAUGAAAUUUACUAUGCAAUGAUUAAUGGGGGGGGGGGUGAUAUUGCCCCAUGUCUACUUUUGUACUCCCAAGACAGAUAUUUGAAAAGAAAAUUGGUGACUUGGAUAAAGUAUUAAUAGUUUGCUGCUAAUGACAAUUGAAUACUGUUGUUUAAAAGAAUGUCAAAAACAUUAUCUAGCAGUACAGUCAGUGUGUCAUAUCAGAUAUUGCAGUAUGUGUUUGUAUGUGUUGCACUAUUCAUAGACAACUUAUAUGACUGCUGAACUUCUAAAUCUAUGUUGACAUAUUAUAGCUCAAUCAAAUGGCAGAAAUAUGAUUUGAAUUCAAAAUAUAGAUAUGUAAUUAUGCUACAUACAAUUAAGGUGACAGUUUGUGAUGUUUUCUUUUUGAAAAUUUUUUAAAAGUCUUUUGUCAAAAUGUUUUGACAGAUACUUGACCUUGUAUAUACAUUGAAGAUACUACUCAACGUAACCUAGCAUGUAACAUUACAUCCAUCUCAGGUAUUAAAAGUCUAUUUAAGACUUAGAGUUUCUGGUUUAUAAGGUACAACUUCUUUAAAGGAAUUGUACACACUUGACUAAAUGGAUGAACAUUUUUCUUUAACCACUUGUAAUAAAGGAGGAGACAAAUAA